AUGGGGAAGCUUCCUAAUUUCAGGAACACCUUCCGUCGGACAACGACUGAUGACACUAUCAAUAAUGUCGCAACGGUUCCUGCCGGAGACGAUAAGACUGAUCCGGCCACUGUAGAGGGUGGCCCUGUGAAUAAAGAAGCCCGCGAUCUUCAGGAGGAACUUCCAGGCGAUGACCUCCAACGCGGUGUUCAAGAUGUCGAGGCUGUGACACUAUCCUGGUCAAAAGCCUCGCUUAUUGCCGUCUUCGCUAACAUCUGGUUGCUUUACUUUGUCAAUGCAUUCCAAUCCUCUAUUCUCUCUAGUCUGCUCCCUUUCGUGACGAGUAACUUUGAAUCUCAUUCACUCUUGAAUGUCAUCUACAUCGUUGGCGACGCUAUGUCAGCCGCUGUCUUCAUCCCCUUGGCAAAAGUCUUGGACGUUUGGGGUCGAGCCCAUGGUUAUCUGUUCAUGACCAUCUGCUGUACUCUAGGUCUGAUCCUUAUGGCGUCUUGUCAGGACCUGUCUACAUUCUGUGCUGCCUAUGUCUUUUACACAAUCGGCUUCUCGGGCAUCACAUACUGUGUUGAUGUGAUAACAGCGGAUGCAUCCAAACUGAGAAAUCGUGGUUUGGCCUAUGCUUUCACAUCCUCGCCAUACAUCAUUACAGCCUUUGCUGGUCCCAAGGCAUCCGACGAUUUCUACUACAACAUCAGCUGGCGAUGGGGUUUUGGCUGCUUUGCAAUUAUUUUUCCCAUUGUGGCUUCGCCUCUAUACUUUGUCUUGCAAAGGAGUAUGAACAAUGCUCGCAAACUGGGUCUUUUGAAGAGAGAAAAGAGCGGUCGCACGUUGCUGCAAAGCAUCUGGUACUAUGUGUUGGAGUUUGAUGGUGAGUCAAAGAUCCUUUUCAACGAUCAACAGGAAGCGUUGAAACUGACAACGUCACGUAAAGCAAUUGGAGUCGUUCUGUUCUCCGUCGGUCUCACCGUGUUCUUCCUUCCAUUCGAUCUAUCUAGUUACGCCCCCAAUGGUUGGGCAUCUGGAUACAUCAUCGCCAUGAUCGUCGUCGGAUUUGUUUUGCUCUUUAUCUUCGCCAUUUACGAGUGGCGAGUAGCCCCCAAGCCAAUGUUUAACUUUUCCUUCCUUUCCGAUCGAACUGUUAUCGGUGCCUGUCUGUUGGACGCUACAUACCAGAUCUCCUACUAUUGUUGGAACAACUACUUCACGUCCUUCCUGCAGGUUGUCAAUGAUCUCUCGAUUGACACUUCCGGUUACGUGAAUAACACAUUCAAUGUUGUCUCCGGUGUCCUGUUGCUGCUAAUCGGAUGGUCUAUUCGACGUACUGGCAGGKUCAAGUGGCUUUUAUAUAUUGCCGUUCCUCUAUAUGUCUUCGCCCAGGGUCUCAUGAUCUAUUUCCGUCGCCCCAACCAGACUGUCGGGUAUCUCGUCAUGUGCCAAAUCUUCAUCUCCAUCGGUGGCAGUAUCUUCAUCAUCCUUCAGCAGGUCGCCAUCGAGUCUGCUGUGGACCACCAACACGUCGCUGCAGUUCUAGCUCUCUUGAAUGUUGUUGGAACCGUUGGCGGUGCUAUCGGUUCCACCAUCUCCGGCGCAAUCUGGUCCAACACAUUCCCAAUUGCACUAGCACGGUACUUGCCCGACUCGGCUAUGGAUGACUUUGAUGAUAUCUAUGAAAACAUAGAUACUCAGCUUAGCUAUCCUGUUGGAAGCGACACCAGAAUUGCGAUCCAGGACGCUUACGGCUAUGCUCAGACCAGAAUGCUUGCUGCUGGCACUGGUAUCAUGGCGCUUGCGUUCAUUUGGAUGUUCUUUAUUAGAAACAUCGAUGUUUCCAAGAGGAACCAAGUCAAGGGUACGGUGUUUUAG